UUCUAUCAGAAUCUUCAAGAGGAAAUAAUGGAGAUAGAAUUUCAUGAGUUUGCUCGAGGAAAGGCAACCAUCUCACCAAUGGACUUUGCUCGACUUGUUUUAAGGUACACCGUUGUUCAUCGAGACGACUAUCAUACAUACAUAAAUCGGGUUAAGGAGCGUACAUCUCCAGAUGAUAUGGGUGUAACGCUCAGUCAGUGGUCCCGCUUUUCUCUGUUUCUUAAUAACCUUGAAGAAUUUCAAACAGCUGUGCGACUGUACGCAAACGCCGAUAUGCCUGUUUCUCCUGCUGAAUUUGCUCGUGCUGUUCAGAGCACAAUAGGUAUGUCAUUUUUACUUUCAGGCGAACCGCUCGAUCCCUAUUUAGUAACUCUGAUAUUUCGCAUUUUUGACGCUAAUGAUGACCAAACUCUUAGUUAUCCUGAAUUCUUAGCCGUGAUGAAUGAUCGACUGCAUAGAGGACUCAGGGUAUGUUUUAUGUAUUCUCUUGAUGGUAUUUUCAAUAUUACUAUUCGCUCAUUAUUCCGAUCUAAUGCUUAA